AUGAUUCGACUGAGGACAUACGCAGGGCUUAGCUUCAUGGCGACAUUGGCUGUGAUUUAUCAUGCUUUCAGCAGCAGAGGCCAAUUCUACCCAGCGACGGUUUAUCUAUCGACCUCAAAAAUCAGUCUGGUGCUGCUUCUCAAUAUGUGUUUGGUGCUUAUGCUCAGCCUCUGGCAUUUGGUGAAACUCGUCUUCCUGGGAUCCUUGAGGGAAGCAGAGGUCGAGAGGCUCAAUGAACAAGCUUGGAGAGAGCUCAUGGAGAUUCUCUUUGCCAUUACUAUAUUUCGCCAGGACUUCUCCAGUGGGUUUCUUCCUUUGGUCGUCACUCUUCUCUUGAUCAAGGCUUUGCAUUGGCUUGCCCAGAAAAGAGUUGAAUACAUUGAGACGACUCCUUCUGUGCCUAAGCUCUCUCAUGUUCGUAUUGUCUCUUUCAUGGGCUUCCUUCUUCUUGUGGAUAGUCUCUUUAUGUACAGCUCUGUGCGCCAUUUGAUUCAGUCUCGGCAAGCUUCGGUUUCUCUCUUCUUCUCAUUCGAGUAUAUGAUCCUGGCGACAACAACUGUGGCGAUAUUUGUGAAAUAUGUAUUCUUUGUCACUGAUAUGAUCAUGGAUGGUCAAUGGGAGAAGAAACCAGUUUAUACUUUCUAUCUGGAGCUUAUCCGUGACCUGCUUCACUUGUCCAUGUAUAUCUGCUUCUUCUUUGUCAUUUUCAUGAACUACGGCGUGCCUUUGCACUUGUUGCGGGAGCUCUACGAAACCUUCAGGAACUUCCAGAUUCGAGUCUCUGAUUACCUGCGUUAUCGUAAAAUCACUUCCAAUAUGAACGAGAGGUUUCCUGAUGCGACUCCUGAAGAACUUACUGCAAGUGAUGCCACAUGUAUCAUAUGCCGUGAAGAGAUGACAAAUGCGAAGAAGCUGAUCUGUGGGCAUCUCUUUCAUGUCCAUUGUCUCCGUUCAUGGUUGGAACGACAGCAGACAUGUCCUACUUGCAGAGCACUUGUUGUACCUCCUGAAAAUGCAGCAUCUGCAGCUGCAGGCCAACGUGGAUUACACCAAGGUGCUCAACAAGGUACUUCAAGCUCAGGUGCCCAGGGAUCUGAAACACGUUCUUCUGCUGGUGUUCCAAAUGAUAAUCUGAGCAGGCACCACGCCAGGCUUCAAGCAGCUGCUUCUGCGGCCUCCAUGUACGGGAAAUCAAUGGUUUAUCCAUCUGCCAACAAAGUAGCAUGGUCGCCGGAGCAAGUGUCAACUGAACAACAUGGAGCACAUCCUUCGUCCUCUGUUCCAUCGCAGCUUCCUCAACACAACCUUCCUGGUGAUAAAUCUCGUGCCUAUGCAAAUUUCUCAGAGGAUAAGCUGGAAGAGAUGAGAAAAUCUCUCGAGACCCAUCUCGAGAUUUUGCGAAACCGACUUCAUUUUCUGGAGAGUAAGAAACCGGGAUCAACAGGCGAAGCAGAUAACAAAGGAAAGACGGUUGCGGAUGCGUCUGUUGAUGGAGCAGAGUAA